AUGACAGCACGUCCAAUAGCAAUGGUUCCAUCAUCACGCAAUAACAACAACAGUAACAGUAUCAAUGAGGAUGAUCCAAUGAUUACAUGUCGAUUGCAAAUCGAGCGCUGGCUCCAACCGCAAAUUGCCCAUUGGAUUCAACAAGAACUGCCCAUUCUGGAUUGGGUAUCUAGGCUGCCCAAUGGAAUCUUGCAAAUUCAGUUUCUCAGCGAGCAUUUGAAAUGGACCAACAGUGAAAAGACCCAAGGUUUAGUUCUCAAACAUUUCCAUUGGUAUUGUGGUACUACCAAUAGCAGUACUAAUGGCACCUAUCAUGAACCGGCAAUGGUGCAUCACGUCAGCAAAUCCCAUUUGUUCUUUCUACACUGCAAUCUGACGAGUAUUCAGCAACAUAAUCAUGAUUAUGAUGAGGAGGAUGUUGACAUUCAAGUGUGGACCAACGACUCAUUUCCUUCUUCCACCAAGAAGCAUGUCACGACUUUGUAUCAAUUGAAACCACUCAUGGAUUGCGAUGCCAUAGAGCAACAACAAUAUGGAAAACCACCAACAACGCCACAAAGUCCCACCACCACCAACAACAACAACAACAACAACAACAACAACAACAACAUUCAGUUGGCAAUGUGUUCCGUCCUGUAUGGUUACGACGCCUCGGCCAUGCUUGUCCAAUUUGCCGAAUAUUACGCCCAUUACAAACGAUUGGGAGUUCAACACUUUUGGGUCUUUGUCAAUACGGCAACGACGACGACGACGACGAGUAAUGGAAAAUUACCAUCGACAUCACUUCUUUCCAUACAACUACAACCACAAUCCACUACUCGUACUACUUAUUUAGUAUUACCAAACGUCGACGACGUCACGUACAUUCCUUACAAUUUUCGAUGGAACGAUUUCAUGAAGUAUGCCAACUUUAGUGCACCCUUUUUGGGGGCAAGCAUGUGGCAAGAAGCCAUGCAGAAUCAAUGUUUGUCACGAUUGCGACGAUAUGGUGUCAAAUGGAUAAUGACCCUAGAUGUGGACGAGUUUGUGGAAAUUCGUGGUAACAACGAUGAGUCCUCGAGACGAGACAAAGAAGAAGAAUAUCCAUUGCGAUCCUUCUUGUCACGAUAUGACCAAGACAACGACGACGAUGGCGAUCACGACGACGGAAGUAUCCAAAAAACCAACGAGACAAACGACAACAACAACAACAAGGAGAACGGGAAGGCAAACAAUAAGAGACAGAAAGACAAGCCCGUUGGAGCAUUGCGUAUGAGGUCGGUCCCCUUUCCGACCAACCGGAAAUUCGAUUUACCCACAUUUCGACCCUACUGCAUGGCCAUGGAUCAUGUACAUCGGUGGGAUGAUACCCUUGGGACCUAUAUCGAUGCCAAAAGACCCAAAAUGAUUUAUCAGGCCCAACUCUGCGAUGUUGCAGGAGUCCAUUGGUGUCGAAGGUACAAUCGCGGAGCUAUUUCCCAAAGUUUGAAUGCGACUCAUGAGAUUAUGUUGCAUCACAUUCGAGCCGCCACCGCGGUGACGAAUAUUGGUUGGGUUAUAAAAAGAUUGGAGGAAAGGGAAUGGUGA